AUGGUCCUGGAAUUGUCAAAUUUACCAUUUCCAAUUCGAUAUUUCGUCUGUUGGAUUAUAAUGAUUUAUAUGCUUAUUUCAACAAUUGUUGUUUAUCCAACGGCAGUUUGUUUGGUGUAUUUUGCUGGGUUUUUGGUGCAGCCGUUUUUGAGGUAAAUUUAAAGAUUUCCACGAUUUUCAGCACAAAAUUUCAGCUUAGAAACAAUAUUUUCACAAAAAAUCUGGUUGAUUUAAAAUUUUGGCACAAUUUUCUACUUUUGAAGAGUUUCUAGCCUCAAAUUUUAAGCUGAAAAUCAUGAAAGACUUGAUUUUCAGUAAAUUUAAGCAUUUUCAUGAUUUUUAGCACAAAAUUUCAGUCUAGAAAUAAUUUUUUCACAAAAAUCUGGUUGAUCUAAAAUUUUUCCACAAUUUUCUAUUUUUGAAGAUUUUCUAGGCUGAAAUUUUGUGCUGAAAAUCAUUAAAGCCUUGAAUUUCAGCAAAUUUAAACAUUUCCACGGUUUUCAGCGCAAAAUUUCAGUCUAGAAACAAUGUUUUCACAGAAAUCUGGCUAUAGUACUUUUUGAAGAGUUUCUAGGCUGAAAUUUUGUGCUGAAAAUCAGGAAAGGCUUGAAUUUCAGCGAAUUUAAGCAUUUCCACAAUUUUUAGCACAAAAUUUCAGUCUAGAAACAAUGUUUUCACAGAAAUCUGGCUAUAGUACUUUUUGAAGAGUUUCUAGGCUGAAAUUUUGUGCUGAAAAUCAGGAAAGGCUUGAAUUUCAGCAAAUUUAAGCAUUUCCACAAUUUUUAGCACAAAAUUUCAGUCUAGAAACAAUGUUUUCACAGAAAUCUGGCUAUAGUACUUUUUGAAGAGUGUCUAGGCUCAAAUUUUGUGCUGAAAAUCAUGAAAAGCUUGAAUUUCAGCGAAUUUAAACAUUUCCACAAUUUUUAGCACAAAAUUUCAGCCUAGAAACAAUUUUUUCACAGAAAUCUGGCUAUAGUACUUUUUGAAGAGUUUCUAGGCUGAAAUUUUGUGCUGAAAAUCAGGAAAGGCUUGAAUUUCAGCAAAUUUAAGCAUUUCCACAAUUUUUAGCACAAAAUUUCAGUCUAGAAACAAUGUUUUCACAAAAAUCUGGCUAUAGUACUUUUUGAAGAGUGUCUAGGCUCAAAUUUUGUGCUGAAAAUCAUGAAAAGCUUGAAUUUCAGCGAAUUUAAACAUUUCCACGAUUUUCAGCGCAAAAUUUCAGCCUAGAAACAAUUUUUUCACAGAAAUCUGGCUAUAGUACUUUUUGAAGAGUUUCUAGGCUGAAAUUUUGUGUUGAAAAAUCAGGAAAGGCUUGAAUUUCAGCAAAUUUAAGCAUUUCCACAAUUUUUAGCACAAAAUUUCAGUCUAGAAACAAUGUUUUCACAGAAAUCUGGCUAUAGUACUUUUUGAAGAGUUUUCUAGGCUGAAAUUUUGUGUUGAAAAUCAGGAAAGGCUUGAAUUUCAGCAAAUUUAAGCAUUUCCACAAUUUUUAGCACAAAAUUUCAGUCUAGAAACAAUGUUUUCACAGAAAUCUGGCUAUAGUACUUUUUGAAGAGUGUCUAGGCUCAAAUUUUGUGCUGAAAAUCAUGAAAAGCUUGAAUUUCAGCGAAUUUAAACAUUUCCACGAUUUUCAGCGCAAAAUUUCAGCCUAGAAACAAUUUUUUCACAGAAAUCUGGCUAUAGUACUUUUUGAAGAGUUUCUAGGCUGAAAUUUUGUGCUGAAAAUCAUGAAAGGCUUGAAUUUCAGCGAAUUUAAACAUUUCCACGAUUUUCAGCGCAAAAUUUCAGCCUAGAAACAAUUUUUUCACAGAAAUCUGGCUAUAGUACUUUUUUGAAGAGUUUCUAGGCUGAAAUUUUGUGCUGAAAAUCAGGAAAGGCUUGAAUUUCAGCAAAUUUAAGCAUUUCCACAAUUUUUAGCACAAAAUUUCAGUCUAGAAACAAUGUUUUCACAAAAAUCUGGCUAUAGUACUUUUUGAAGAGUGUCUAGGCUCAAAUUUUGUGCUGAAAAUCAUGAAAAGCUUGAAUUUCAGCGAAUUUAAACAUUUCCACGAUUUUCAGCGCAAAAUUUCAGCCUAGAAACAAUUUUUUCACAGAAAUCUGGCUAUAGUACUUUUUGAAGAGUUUCUAGGCUGAAAUUUUGUGCUGAAAAUCAUGAAAGGCUUGAAUUUCAGCGAAUUUAAACAUUUCCACAAUUUUUAGCACAAAAUUUCAGCCUAGAAACUUUUGUUUUCACAAAAAUCUGGUUGAUUCAAAAUUUUGGCAUAAUUUUCUACUUUUGAAGAGUUUCUAGGCUGAAAUUUUGUGCUGAAAAUCAUGAAAGCCUUGAAUUUCAGCGAAUUCAAACAUUUUCACGAUUUUCAGCACAAAAUUUCAGUCUAGAAACAAUAUUUUCUUUUUUUGAAGAGUUUCUAGGCUGAAAUUUGGUUAAAUUAAAGGCACACACAUUUUUCAAAGGUUGAGGUCUCGCAGCGAUUUCAAUUUUUCAUUUCCAAUUUUUUUUCAGCCGCAAAACCUUUCUGCAUUUUCGCUCUUUUUUGGCUCGCUGCCUAAAUCUUCAUUUCGUCACGCUUUCCUAUUUUUGUGGAGUUAAUGGUGAGUUAGCCUAACUAUACUAUACUAUAGUUAGGUCCAGGAAGAAAAAAAAAAUAAAUAAUUGUUUUGCAGUAAGUGAAUAUGGCGAAGAUAUGUCAAAAUACACGGAUGAAAGAUGCUUUUUGAUGCCGAAUCAUUUGGGACUUAUUGAUCAUUUCAUUGUGAUGAGAUCUUGUGAUCAGUAUGGUUGUGAUGUUGUUGGAAGAGUGAGUUUUUGCGCUGAAAUUCAAGCUUUUCAUGAUUUUCAGCACAAAAUUUGAGCCUAGAAACUCUUCAAAAAUAGAAAAUAGUCCCAAAAUUUUGGAUCAACCAGAUUUUUGUGAAAAUAUUGUUUCUAGACUGAAAUUUUGUGCUGAAAAUCAUGGAAAUGCUUAAAUUUGCUGAAAUUCCAGCCUUUCAUGAUUUUCAGCACAAAAUUUGAGCCUAGAAACUCUUCAAAAAUAGAAAAUUCUGCCAAAAUUUUGAAUCAACCAGGUUUUUGUGAAAAUAUUGUUUCUAGACUGAAAUUUUGUGCUGAAAAUCGUGGAAAUGCUUAAAUUUGCUGAAAUUCAAGGGUUUUAUGAUUUUCAGCACAAAAUUUGAGCCUAGAAACUGUUCAAAAGUAGAAAAUAGUCCCAAAAUUUUGGAUCAACCAGAUUUUUGUGAAAAUAUUGUUUCUAGACUGAAAUUUCCUGCUGAAAAUCAUGGAAAUACUUAAAUUUGUUGAAAUUCAAGCUUUUCAUGAUUUUUAGCUCAAAAUUUGAGCCUAGAAACUGUUCAAAAGUAGAAAAUUCUGCCAAAAUUUUGAAUCAACCAGGUUUUUGUGAAAAUAUUGUUUCUAGACUGAAAUUUUGUGCUGAAAAUCGUGGAAAUGCUUAAAUUUGCUGAAAUUCCAGCCUUUCAUGAUUUUCAGCACAAAAUUUGAGCCUAGAAACUGUUCAAAAGUAGAAAAUUGUGCCAAAAUUUUGGAUCAACCAGAUUUUUGUGGAAAUAUUGUUUCUAGACUGAAAUUUUGUGCUGAAAAUCGUGGAAAUGCUUAAAUUUGCUGAAAUUCAAGCCUUUCAUGAUUUUCAGCACAAAAUUUGAGCCUAGAAACUUUUCAAAAGUUAAAAAUUAUGCCAAACCCAGAUUUUUGUGGAAUUACUGUUUCUAGCCUGAAAUUUUGGGCUGAAAAUCGUGGAAGUGUUUAAAUUUGCUGAAAUUCAAGCAUUUCAUGAUUUUCAGCACAAAAUUUGAGCCUAGAAACUCUUCAAAAAGUCGAUUUUUGAGCCUAGAAGUCCAUGAAACCCCAUUUUUUUGCAGUGGAUGUUUGUCAUCUACAACAUCUGGAUAUAUAUGCCCCUCGGUUUUCUCUGGUGGAUUCAUGGCAAUUAUUUCAUCAACACCGUCUCUCCUUCACAACGUGCUCAACAACUCAAACAUUUCCGCGAUCAUUUGGACGAAACUUAUCAUAACUAUGAUUAUCGAUGGGUUUUCAUGUAUCCCGAAGGUUCGAGAUUGUUUUUGAUCAAAGGUUCGAAGUUUUGAAGUUGAAAAAUGUGGCUGUAAAAAUUCUAAGUUCGUCAGUUGCGUGCGGCUAUGCGUCGCGGUCGGGAAAAAAUCAAUAAUUCUUCCCGACCGCAACGCACAGCCGCACGCGACUCACGACCAUACAAGGGGCGCCCGUUGAGUCAGACGCGAGACGACGAGAGUAUUUUGCAAAAAUAUCUCGAAAAUGAAUUUCGCUUCGAGAUAUUUUCAAUAAAACAUGUGUUCCUUGAAACAAAGUACGGUAUUUUUUCAAAGGGACACAUAUUUUCUCAAAAAUAUCUCGAAACGAUGUCUUUCUCUGUCUCAGAUGACGUCAUCAGACUCCCGUCGUCUCUCGUCUGACCCGACGGGCAAUUGUUCUAUUGGAGGAAAAAAUCAAUUAUUGAUUUUUUCCCGACCGCGACGCAUAGCCGCACGCGACUGACGAACUUGUGAUAUUCCAGAGAGGAAUCGGCAAUUCGAGAAGAAGAACAAUCUGGAAAAUUUGAAACAUUGUGCUUAUCCUCGAGUAGGAGCUGCGUUAUGUGUUACAAAACAAUUGGGACCAUCGAAAAAUGGGGAACUCGCAAACAAUCAACUCGGAAAGCCUAUAAAAUACUUGAUUGAUGUGACAUUGGGAUAUCCGAAUGCCGAAAUUCUGGAUGUUCAGGAGAGUUUGAUGAAGACAUUGUUGGACGGCGAUCGGAGAAUGUAUGCGAUUCAUUAUGAGAUGUUUGAGAUGAAAGAGGAGUGGAAUGAUGAGGAGAUGUUGAAGGAGUUUCUUUUUGAGAGAUAUCGGAAGAAGGUUGGUGGUUUUGCGGGGAAUUUUGGGGGGUUCGGGAGGAUUCUAGAGGUUUCUGGGAGACUUUGAGGGCUUCAGAAGCCCUUAGAAUCGUCCUGAAGCCUUCUGAAGGUUUCAGGAAGGUUCUGAAAGCUUCUAAAAGCUUCUGAAGCCUCUAGGAUUCUAUUGAAGCCUUUUAAAGGCUUCAGGAAGAUUCUGAAGGCUCUAGAAAAUAUUUGAAGGCUUCAGAAGGUGCCGAUAAGCUUCUGAAGGCUUCUGAUGGCUUCAGGAAGAUUCUGAGAGCUCUAAAUGAAUUCUUGAGGCUUAUGAAGGCUUCUGGAGGUUCUGGAAGACAUUUGAAGCCUCCAAAAGCCCCAGGAAGCUCUCCGAAGCCUUCAGAAGCUUCUAGGAUUCUCCUGAAGCCCUUAGAAGCUUCUAGAAGCCUCCAGAAACCCCUGGAAGCUUUCAGCAUUUUUAUGAAGCCCUUAGAAGCCUCUAGAAGCUCCCGGAAGCUUUUAGAAGCCUUCAGAAGUCUUCUCAAGCCUCCAAAAGCCCCUGGAAGCUCUCCGAAGCCCUUAGAAGCCUUCAGAAGCCUCUAGAAUUCUCUAGAAGCCCCUGGAAGCUUUUGGAAGCCUGCAGAAGCGUUUUGAGUCUUUCAGAAGGCUUGAGAAGCCUCUGGAAGCUUUCAGAAUCCUCUAGAAGCCUCCAGAAGCCCCCUGAAGCCUCCUCAAGCCCUUAGAGGCCUCAAGAAGCCUCUAGGAUUCUCUAGGAUUCCCCUGAAGCCCCUGGAAACCUCUAGAAGCCCUUUUUCUCCAGGACCAACUACUCGAUGAAUACUACAAAACUGGAAAAUUCCCGGGACCCGCGAAAAUCGUCGAAUACCCCGCCGCCCACUUGAUGAUUCUCAACGAAAUUCUCGGAUGUGCCAUUUUCUGGAUGUUCAUCAAAACGAUUUUAUUCACAAUAUUUUCAAUUUUUUGUAAAUAA